AUGGCUUGGAGGAAUCAAGGCAUUACUGGAUCUAACAACAUACCGUUGGGCAAACGCAGAUUUGGCGGCGAGUCUAACGAGCCCGAGGCCCAAAAUGACGGCUUUUCCAACGGAGGCGAUCGCGAUUUGAAGCGUGGUCGCAGCCCCGAACCUCGCACGGAUGCGGAUGGACCUCGCCGUCGCAAGAAGCGGAACCGAUGGGGUGACGCCGCCGAGAACAAGGCCGCCGGCCUCAUGGGGUUGCCCACUGCCAUCGUCGCCAACAUGACCAGCGAACAGCUCGAGGCGUACACCCUCCAUCUACGAAUUGAAGAAAUCAGCCAGAAGCUGAAGAUCGAUGAUGUCGUGCCUGCCGAUGGCGACAGAUCCCCGUCUCCUGCUCCGCAGUACGACAACCACGGCCGUCGUGUCAACACCAGAGAGUACCGAUACCGAAAGCGCCUGGAGGAUGAACGUCACAAGCUCAUCGAGAAAGCGAUGAAGACCAUCCCUAACUACCAUCCGCCGCAGGAUUACAGACGGCCCACUAAGACCCAGGAGAAGGUCUAUGUGCCGGUCAAUGAUUAUCCGGAAAUCAAUUUCAUUGGCUUACUCAUCGGCCCUCGUGGCAACACUUUGAAGAAGAUGGAGACCGAAUCGGGUGCAAAAAUCGCCAUCCGUGGCAAGGGUUCCGUCAAGGAGGGCAAGGGCCGUUCCGAUGCAGCUCACGCCAGUAACCAGGAAGAGGAUCUCCACUGCUUGAUCAUGGCCGACACCGAGGACAAGGUUAACAAGGCCAAGAAACUGAUCCACAACGUCAUCGAAACCGCUGCUUCCAUCCCCGAGGGCCAGAACGAACUGAAGCGUAACCAGCUCCGUGAGCUCGCUGCUUUGAACGGAACUCUGCGUGACGAUGAAAACCAAGCUUGCCAGAACUGUGGCCAGAUAGGACACCGCAAGUACGACUGCCCUGAGAAGCAGAACUUCACUGCCAGCAUCAUCUGCCGAGUGUGUGGCAACGCCGGCCACAUGGCCCGCGACUGUCCUGAUAGACAGAGAGGUGCAAGCUGGCGCAAUGAUGGGCCCCGGCCUACUGGACGGAUCGGCGGAGGCGGAGAAGACGACGCCGAGUACGAGCAAUUCAUGGCCGAGCUCGGCGGCGGAGCAGCGCCCGCCCGCAUCGAGGCCGGCCCUGGCUCCCACGGCAACGGCGACGCCAAACCAUGGCAACGUGGACCUACAGGUGGACCUGCUCCUUGGCGCUCCCGCAACAACGACCGCGACCACCACGAUGGUGGGGGUGGUGGAGGCGGAGGUGGAGGAGGCUCGGGUGGUCCUGCGCCGUGGGCUCGAGACCGACGUGAGCGGAACCAUGACCACCAUGGUGGUGAUAGCUACUACGGGGGCGGCCAGAACAAUGGCUACGGCUCGGCUCCGCCCGGGACGGCGCCUUGGAACCAAGCUCCCGGUGCUCAAGGCGGGUAUGGUGGCGCUGCUCCACCCGGCACAGCGCCGUGGCAGCAGGCUCCUGGCGCCCCAUCCGCUUACGGUGGUUAUCCUGGCGGCUAUGGCGCGCCUCCAGGCCUCGGGGCACCGCCUGCACCGCCCGCUGACAACCUCACGGCCUUGAUCCAGCAGUUCUCCGGAGGUGCUGCGCCGCCGCCGCCGCCGCCUCCUCCAAGUGAGGGCGCUCCCCCGCCGCCCCCACCAGGCAAUCAACCGCCUCCUCCUCCGCCCCCGGGUGCCUAA